AUGGCGCAGAGGGAUGCGUUAUGCUACGCUUGCGCCUUACGAAUGUCUAUCAUGCACCAGGUGCCGUCUCCAGCACCGUUGUCGCAGGUACGUCAGCUUGUUAACGUUGGUGAUGGGGGUUAUACUGACAGCGGUGGGGCACCAUUUGUGGAUGAGGUGUACCACCCGCAUUUUUGCAUCGUGUACGAGACUUCAAGGAGUGCUUUGCGCUUUUUUGACUUGAAGGCGGAGGGCAGCAUGGAUGUGGUGUGGUGUCAGGGGUUGUCGUUUCUCUGCUGUGCGUGCUUGGGACUGUAUCAGUUCAUAGAUUACGUCUACGCCCCCGCUGUAGCGGCGGCGGUUCGCACAAGCCCCUACUUCGACUCGGAUCGUCUUUCUGUGAACGUCAACGUGCACCGCUCCUUGUCUCUCCUGUGGCUGAUGGUGUCCGCCGUGUUCUACGGUGUUCGCGGACGUGAGGGUGCUCGGCCUAAACCGUGCGUUGCCAUACCGGAGGAGCAUUGUAACUUCAAGGACUUCUUUAUGAGUGAUUUGCGGGCGCGAAUUCUGCAGUAUACCACGUACCCUCACUUGGAGUUAGGAGCGAAAAAAGCGCCUGUGGGGUACGAAACAUAUCUGCGUGAGAUUGCGCGCCGCUCCAAGGGUGCAAUUGGUGCGACACAGCCGCAAGCCCUGCAAGCUUUUACUUACAGUCCGGAUAAUGAGGGGGUCGUUGUGGACAUUUGCUGCGAGCACCAUCGUGUGAAGGAUCUGGCGGGUGGGGAUGCGGUUCCGCCACAGUACUGUAGUAACCGCUGCGAAGGCGUGAUGACCUUUAGCGUCCUGUAUGAUUAUGUGCAACCCUAUCUUGAAAGAACUGGAUGGUGGACCAACGCUGGGCCCGCGGGGGAUCAGGCGAGGCACUUUGUGGUGGAGGAAACCGCAACACUCUCCUGCAAUUUGCAGCACUCCAACAUGUUCUUGAUUGGCAACUACCGGAAGAUGAAGCGGGAUCUCUCGCAGUCGCCGUGGUUUGUCAACGGGGAGCGUGUCGGCAGCUUCUCCCUGCAGGAGAUAAUUGCAAACCCAAUACUGCUUUUUUUCUUUCCCGAGGGUGUCACUUCGGUGCCUGUAGGAGCCGAGUCGCACGAGAGUACCUCCCAGAGUGAAAAGCGACCGAGGCAUGAGAGGGCGGUUUCGGAUCCACCGCGCCCCGAGGAGCGACAGGGAAACCUGCAUCAGACGGCUGCGCAGCAUGUUUUUGGCUUCGGACGCUACAAAUUUCACAGUGCCGGCCGUGAAGACGUAGAUGUGCGCAUGCUUGGGGGUGGGAGACCGUUUGUGCUGGAGAUCAUUUCUCCCAGUCGUCAGCAGUUCACGCCGCAGGAUCUUGCCGCCUUUGAAGAGGCUGUAAACAACAGCGAGAAGGGAAGUGUGGAGAUUUCAGGCCUGCGCGUCACCGAUGCCGAAGUCACCGUGAGGUUGGCGCGGCACUCAGAAAGCAAAGUGAAGAAGUACCGCUGUGUUGUCUGGUGCAGCCGGGCGAUUGUGGACCCCGGCCACGACGAACAAUUUCUGGCUGUGAAUGCCGUGCAGGACCUCGCGAUCGAGCAACGCACGCCUAUUCGAGUGCUGCACCGACGUUCCAUGCAAGUUCGCCCCCGCAUGAUUCACUCAAUUAGACUGACCCCGCUAAAUGCGCAUUGGUUUCUGAUGGACCUGGAGACGCAGGCCGGCACCUACGUGAAGGAAUUUGUCCACGGCGACAUGGGAAGGACCCGACCGCACUUGGGUGCGUUGCUGAAUGGACGGACAGAUAUCAUCCAGCUAGACGUGUUGGGGAUGACAAUGGAGGGACUUUAA